UUUCAUAUCAUACGAACCAUGACCACGGGCUCUAAGUUAUCCUAUCUUUCAAUUCAAUAUCAAAUUGAAUUUGAGUAAAAUAUGGAUCAAAAUCUUAAUACUUCGUAGAUUUGUCUAUCAGGUCAAGAGUUUUUCCUUCCGGAGAAGAAAAGAAGAAUAAAAAAGAGAGGAGGGGAGAGAAGCUGAAAUGGGGGCGGGAUCUUCGACGGAGCAGGUUCCGCCACAACAACGAGAGGUCGAAGCCCUAGCUGCUUCGACUGGUGCCCUUCCCAUGCUUCAAAAAGCCUUCUCUAGGCUCGUCGAUCCACAAAUUCACUCUGUUCCUGUCAUUUCUCUCCAGCAAUGCUUCUCUAUAACCUUUGAAAAUACAUUAUGUGAAGCUUCUUCGAUGCCUGACUGCUUUAUGGGGUUGUUUGAUCAUCUUGGUCCAUCCAUAGUUGAUCUCUUUUUUGUGACCGAAAAAGGAGGAAUAAGUUGGAUUGAGUUCUUGAGAGGUUAUAUUAAGUGCUGUUGGAGGACAACCGCUUCAACGUCACUUAAUAAUUUAUUAAGGAUAUUUGCGGCUGUAGCUGUAAAGGCUGGUCUUCCUGCAAAAUUGCAGUUUGAAUCCGGUGAUGCUGAUUGUAAGGUGAAUGGGUCUUUAAUUUCUGUUGAUAUUCUCAUGCUUCUUUGGAUGUCUUGGAUUAUGUCAUGGAAUUCUAGAAAAUUGAAAUCUUCUGAAGGGAUAGCAGAUUGUGGUCUUCCAGAUAUAAGUCAUUUAGUACUAUCUGCUGUUGUAUCUUGCACAGAAGUUGGUAGCGAACUGAAUGUAUGGGACUGUGAUAUAUUGUGCUUGGAUGUCCAACUUCCUGCGGGAAAGAUUCAUGUAUGGGCCUUAAAAACAGUGCCAAGCCUUGCAGAUUGCUUUACACAAUUUGUCCAUGCAAGACUAUGUAGUUCUCUAACUUCAGAGGACAAGUUGGAACCAUCAUGCUCAUCAGUCUCUGAUAUUUCAUCAACAACGGGGUGCAAUACUUAUCUUCUAACCCGUGGAAGGGCCUGGGCCAUUUCCCUUACUCUUAAAAGUCCUUUAAGUGAAGGGAUUUUAAAAGUAUGCUUCCCUGGUGAUGGCGAUCGAACAAAUGAAAGCCCACUUUAUAGGUCAUCUCUUCAUGGGAAAGGUUUGAACCGUUUCUGGUCAAAUGUUGAAGGUUAUAAAGGCCCGAUGUUAACAUUGAUUGCAGCAAGUUCUGGAGAUCCUGAUGGUAAUGCCAGUAUCAGGAGAUGGAUCAUUGGUGCACUUACUCAUCAGGGUUAUGAAAAUAGAGAUGUGUUCUAUGGAAGCUCUGGUAGUAUAUAUGCUAUAAGUCCGGUCUUUCAUGUAUUCUCAGCUUCUGGGAAGGCGAAAAAUUUUGUGUAUAGCCAUCUGCAUCCUGCAGGUAGAGUCUAUGAUCCUCAUCCAAAGCCUGUUGGGAUUGCAUUUGGUGGAUCUAUUGGGGGAGAGAGAAUAUUUGUUGAUGAAGAUUUUGCCAGAUUAACUAUUCGUCAUAAUGCAGUUGACAAAACUUACCAACCUGGUGCCCUUUUUCCUGAUCAGUCACCAAAAACUAGACCACACCCAAGCAAACCAAUUCCCAUUGGGGGUAUUUCUUCUUCCCUCCAUCGCAUCUCUCUGGUCAUUGACGAAUUGUCCAGCCUCUUUACAUACUCAGUCAACUUCCGCAAGGGAUGUACUGUUGACGAAUUGUCCGGCCGAGUUUCACUCUUGCAGACAGAGGUGCUCACUUGGAAGACUUCUCCAGCCCUUGUGACUUACAGACAGCAGUAUUUACAAUCUGCAAUUUGGGGUUCUUACCUGUUGAAGCUUUGGUUGUCGAAGUGGAAGUAUGGGGAUUAGCAGGGAGAGCAGCCAUGGAAGUGCAAAAUUCAUACAAGAAGAGGGAAGAACUUUUCACUGAACAAAGGCGCAAGGUUGAUUUGAAAACAUUUGGUAACUGGGAUGAUUCACCUGAGAAAAUGUUGAUGGAUAUGAUGUCUGAUCCCAAUAGAAUUCAGCGGGAAGAUCGAUAAUUAGGAUUAUCUCUGUCAGAUUAUAUAAUCAGACCCGAUCAUAUGAGUUGUACAUAUUUAUGAGGAGACCAAUCCACAAAUACUUCUUUGUAGGUGGUUGGAAAAUGUAUGUAAAUUAUUUAUCACUCAAUGACAAACGACAAACGAGGGAAUCAGAUAUGAAUUAUCCACGGUGAUCUGCUCUUUGAAGCUGAAUACCAACCUUGCCUGUUGGGGAGGGCGUGUGUAGGGGGUGGGGGGUUGGGGGUGCUUGAAACAAUCUCUGUUGGAAUCUCAGCAUGUAGUACUUAUCACCAGAUGGGAUUUUCAAUAUGAUCUAUAUACAUACAUAUAUAUAUAUCAUUUUAUUGCAGGUAA